UCGGAGGUGAGGCAGGUUCGUAAGUCCCACCCUGUCUAAGACCAGUCCAGUAUAGGAAUUCCUGAGCAAGCUAGACUCUGCCUAGCAUUUGGAUGUGGCAACCUAUUUGAUACGGUUGCAGUACAUACCUAGUAGAUUGGAGUUUCAGAGGAGUCGAAGAAUGUAGGUUACCCAUGCAUGGCUUGAACCACUCGUCAGCAGUCUGUCGAGGGGUGAGAUUGGACGAGGACAGGCGAACGAUUCGCAUCGUUAGUUGGUCGUCGAAACAAACUCACUACCCCUCCCCUGUGGCGAGUGUGAAUUCUGCUCGGCCUGAGACUGCUGAACCACAGAGGUCACUUCGCAUUCGCGGGCAUGACGAACCCCGCGCGCGCCGUGGCCGACGUGGAAGUCAGUCCCCACACGACCCCCCUACGUCAUGGAAUCUUCGCGAAAUUUCGCUGCAGCUCAUGCCACCCUACUUCGUCCCGCAAAACAGCACUCGUCGAACAAACAAGAGGGUUGUAUCAGAAUUGGCGCCAUUGAUGAGAGACGGGCAAUAUCACAUGUCGUCAAUCAUCCUGGGCCGGUUGCACGGCCGCCAGGCCACCCAAGUGGGGCCCUGCAGCACUCACUUGGGAAUAGUCCGAAUGCCCUCAAACCGUCGACCGCGGGAACCAACGCGGCCACUGUGCGUGGCAGCGGCAAGAGGGGAGGGGAUUCGUAGGCGCAACAUGGGGCCUGUCAAAUUUUGCUGCCGUAAGUCACUCCAAAGGGUGAAACGAUCGUCUGCCACCGCAGCCGCGUCUGGCCGAUCUGACAGGGGCGCUUAGUUCUUGUCGUGCACGGCAAAAAGGGAAAAAAAAAAAAAAAAAAAAAA